AUGGCCCGGCGCCACGUGCAGGCGGCCGGCUUCCUGCUGGUGGACACUCUGCGGGCACUCAACUUCACCCUGAUGGAGACCGACUGCCCGGGCUCACGGGUCCCCACCGACGACUGCGACUUCAAGGAGAACGGGGCCAUCAAGGAGUGCUCGGGGCCGGUGACGUUCCAGCAGGGCACCCCCGACAUCGACCUGCGCUGCUCCGACGCCUCCUCCGAUCCGGUGCUCGUCCAGCGGGGCCGAUUCGGCCGCUUCCUGGGCAAGAUCCGACAUCUUCGGCCCCGGGUCCGCAUCCGCGUGAAAGCCGACGCCACCGUCAGCUUCGGCUGAGCAAAUAAACGGGGC